GUGACAUGCAACACAUAAGUAGUUGAUUUCCUUGAAGCCAGAGGUAGAAAAGAUCUCAGUUAUGAAGAACAACAUCGAGAGUGAGUCCGGGGAAACGAUGAAAGGGUGGAGAAAAGCUUUGAGAAGUGUAAGCAAUUGGUUGGCACACAAAGACAAGGAUGAAUGGUUGAAAGACAUGAGAGGGAUACUGAGUUUGGUGGCUGCACUAAUCGCAAGUCUCACAUUUCAAAGUGCCAUUAAUCCACCUGGUGGUGUUGUUCCUGCAAAAGAGAGUGGAGAAGUUCAAUGCCGAAACAGUUCAUGUUCUGGACAAGCUGUUCUAGCUCUGGUUUAUCCAAACGGCUACACCAGCUUCCUUUACUGCAAUACCGUUUGCUUCGUUUCAUCUUUAGCCGUUUGUCUCUUACUUGUGAGUGGUCUUUCUCUCAAUAAUCGCUUUUUCACCUGGCUCUUAUCCAUUGGCAUGUGCAUCAGCCUCAGCAGCCUCACCCUCACAUACCUUUUUGGUGCACAAAUGGUUGUUCCUGACCUUGUUUGGGGUCCAACUACCACCAUGUUUGGAAGAGUUAUUAUAGUUUGGAUGAUACUCUUGGGACUCAUCGCCUUCUUCCUUUCCCUGCGCCUACUUGUUUGGAUACUCACUAAAUGCAUUUGCAGACACAGUGAAGUACGAGUGAAUCCAACAAUCUAGUUGUCCUUUAUCCAUUGCAUGUCAAAAUUCUUCGUAACUGCUAGUCAUAGAUUAUCAGACAUGACUUUGUUUUAGGUUGUUGUGUAAUGUUAGUCAUAGAUUAUCAGACAUGUCUUUCACUGCACAUGUCAUGCAUGGUGGUAGGUUUUAUUUUCCAACUCUCUGUGUUAGUGUGCUAUAUCUAAGUUCUGUUUUGAACUUUGGAUUUGUGUUGGGAGUGUUCAUAUUUGUUCUUAAAGGACGAAGUAACAAAUAUAUUGUUGCU